GUUUGUUCCAAGUUGAUGGCUUAUGGCGCUUCCAAGUAUGAUGAUACAAAUCCUGAAGCAGAAAAGAAAGAGUAUAUUGAUCACAUUGAAGAAAUUGUUCAGUGGAUGGGUUGGAAACCAUUCAAGAUUACUUACACAAGUGGUUACUUCCAAGAAUUGUACGAAUUAGCAGUGGAGCUCAUAAAAAAGGGUCAUGCUUAUGUUGAUCAUCAGACACCUGAUGAGAUAAAGGAGCAUAGGGAGAAGAAAUUGAACAGUCCUUGGAGAGACAGGCCAAUUUCAGAGUCAUUGAAGCUCUUUGAGGAUAUGAAAAAUGGCAGUAUAGAAGAAGGAAAAGCUACACUUAGAAUGAAGCAAGACAUGUAGAGUGAUAACUACACUAUGUAUGACCUUAUUGCAUAUAGAAUUAAGUUUACCCCACACCCUCAUGCUGGAGACAAAUGGUGUAUCUAUCCAAGUUAUGAUUAUGC